AUGAUUCGCCCCGACUCUCCGGCCUACUCUAAAGAAGACAGAAAUAGGAAGAGAAUGCCAGAAACAACAACAACGAUGGACAGCCAGUUUCCGAAUUUGGUUGGUGACGAAAGUGAGAGCGAUGCUGCAAAUGGUUUCAGCACAUUCGAUCCGCUGAUCAAAAUCCGCUGCUCGUCGCAACUCAAAUUCUUCCUCUGCUCCAUCUAUUUCCCGAUGUGCACUGAUAAGGUUCCAAUUGCAAUUGGCCCCUGUCGACCUUUGUGUGAACGAGUGCAGAUGAAGUGCGAACCACUGCUUAAGGAAUUUGGCUUCCCAUGGCCAGUUUCAAUGAACUGUUCGAAAUUUCCACUUGAGUCUCGAAUAUUGAAAUUCAAUAAGCUUACUGCAGAAAAUAAUAACGACGCGAUGUGUAUGAAGGGCCCGGCUUCUGAAGAGGAUGGGUCCACUUUAUCGAAUAGUCCAGAGUCUGAAAUAAUCGAAAAUAUGGUGACACCGAAUCGAUGUACGCAGCCGAGUACCAUAUAUGUGAAUCGCACUGCGCAGUGCGUUCCACUAUGUCAUUCAAAUCAUGGAUACACAAAGGUUUGAGU